UCAGAUGUCCUAGUAGCUGCCACCGAGUCUCUGGGCUCCCUGUCUGGUCUGCGGCCCUGGCGCUCCUGCCCCCCCUCCCCUAGCCCCAUGCCUCAACCCUAACCCCGUGGCCCUCCCCUGAGGGGGGCAUUUCCUGGUGCCCCCUGUCCUCCCCUCCAAGUCAGGCGCCAUGAACGACCAGUACCACCGGGCAGCCAGGGACGGCUACCUGGAGCUCCUCAAGGAGGCCACCCGGAAAGAGCUGAACGCCCCAGACGAGGAUGGCAUGACCCCCACCCUCUGGGCCGCCUACCAUGGCAACCUGGAGUCCCUGCGGCUCAUCGUGAGCAGAGGGGGUGACCCAGACAAGUGUGACAUCUGGGGCAACACGCCCCUGCAUCUGGCGGCUUCCAAUGGCCACCUGCACUGCCUCUCCUUCCUGGUGUCCUUCGGAGCCAACAUCUGGUGCCUGGACAACGACUACCACACGCCGCUGGACAUGGCCGCCAUGAAGGGCCACAUGGAGUGCGUGCGCUACCUGGACUCCAUCGCGGCCAAGCAGAGCAGCCUCAACCCCAAGCUGGUGGGGAAGCUGAAGGACAAGGCUUUCCGCGAGGCCGAGCGGCGCAUCCGCGAGUGCGCCCGAAUGCAGCGCAAGCACCACGCGCGCAUGGAGCGUCGCUACCGGCGCGAGCUGGCCGAGCGCUCCGACACGCUCAGCUUCUCCAGCCUCACGUCCAGCACGCUGAGCCGCCGGCUGCAGCCCCUGACGCUGGCCAGCCAUCUGCCCUACUCGCAGGCCACGCUGCACGGCACCGCCAGGGGCAAGACCAAGAUCCAGCGGAAGCUGGAGCGGCGCAAGCAGGCGGGCGAGGGCGCCUUCAAGAUCUCCGAGGACGGCCGCAAGAGCGUGCGCUCGCUGUCGGGGCUGCAGCUGGGCAGCGACGUGAUGUUCGUGCGGCAGGGCCCCUGCGCCAACCCCAAGGAGUGGGGCCGCUCCCCGCUCCGGGACAUGUUCCUCUCGGAUGAGGAUAGCGUCUCCCGUGCCACACUGGCGGCCGAGCCUGCCCACUCGGAGGUCAGCACCGACUCCGGCCACGACUCCCUGUUUACGCGCCCCGGCCUGGGCACCAUGGUGUUCCGCAGGAACUACCUGAGCAGCGGGCUGCACGGGCUGGGCCGCGAAGACGCGGCGCUGGAGGACGGGGCCCCGCCGCGGGGCCGGCUGCAGAGCUCCCCGAGCCUGGACGACGACAGCCUGGGCAGUGCCAACAGCCUGCAGGACCGCAGCUGCGGCGAGGAGCUGCCCUGGGACGAGCUGGACCUGGGCCUGGACGAGGACCUGGAGCCCGAGACCAGCCCGCUGGAGACCUUCCUGGCCUCCCUGCACAUGGAGGACUUCGCCUCCCUCCUGCGCCAGGAGAAGAUCGACCUGGAGGCGCUGAUGCUCUGCUCAGACCUGGACCUCCGCAGCAUCAGCGUCCCCCUGGGGCCCCGCAAGAAGAUCAUGGGCGCCGUGCGCAGGCGCAGGCAGGCGCUGGAGCGCCCACCCGCCCUGGAAGACACAGAGCUAUAACUUGGGGCUCCUCUCCCCAAACCAAAAUGAAUUGCAAGUUGCCACAACUCUCAGUGGGGCCACCAGGCCCCCAGUCGCCAGCCCGGCCCCUCUCCAGGACCAUGCACCAGCCUCGAACGACUCUCCAUCCCCCAGAGCAGAGGACGUGGCGUGGAGACACCCAGAUGGUCAAGCAAGCACCCCAGAACAUCAGUUCUGAGGGGCCUGGGUGCCCCGAUCCACGCCCCUCUCAGCGGCCCUAAAGGACAUGAGGGUUGGUGGAAGGCCAGCCCCAGAGGAAGGGCAGGGCCCGCUGGGGCCUUGGGGACAGGAGCGUGUGCCCUGGGGGCAAGUCUGGUCCUGGGCGCCGCUGUCUCUCCCACCCCCUCCUCCGUGCCCCUGCUCAGGCGGGAGACUGACUUUCUGUGCGGGAAGAGUGUGAGCUGCUCCCCUCCCCCACGCACCAUCGAGGAGGUUCCAGGCUAGACUCUUCAGCCAAAUGCCCUGCCCUUCAUGCCCAUCUGCCCCGAGCACCGCCAGCCCCUCUCUUUCUCCACCCACGCGCCCUGUGAGGAGUGGGAGUGCCAGGCCAGGAUGGGGCGGGUGACAGGGCCCCUUCUCAGCCCCCUGGGUGAGCCCAGUCUGACUACCCUCCGGCCCCAGCCCCUCGGUCCUUUGCCCCCUGGGCCAUGCGGCCCGGCCUCCCCCGGGCUAAGGGCCAGGGCGGCAGCCACACGGUGCUAGGACAGCGCCAGGCAUGGCUGGCACGUUCUGGGCCCAGGAAAGUCAGCUGCCAACUGCCUGAGUCCCCACACUGGGACAGGCAGAGAGGGUGUCCAGCCUCACGUGGCCAGACCCUGCGAGGUGUGCUCGGUCUGCACCCCUGCUUGGCCCCGGGUCCGCCAGGCCUCUGCGUCGGUGUCCGUAGUGGGUGUCCCUCCAGACACAGAGGCGGCCAAGCGCUGACGUCUCUGCAGGGACACCGGGUCGGCCCGCCUUCUGUUCAGGAGCGCCCCUGCCCUGUGAACCUGGCCUUUGAGGGGCCCUGGACACGUGUCCCCACAGUUCUCCAGUUAGACUGUCAGUGUGCUCGUCCUGUGGCCCCCACCCCAGCUCUGGCUCUCAGCUGGGCUGGGGAAUGGGGGCACAGCCCCAGCCCCAGCUCCUCCCUGGGUCCCCUUGGCCAGGGUGGGAGGCAGGAGAGAAAGCCCCCAGAGCAUGGCCAGGUCUCUGCUGUAUCUGUGUCUGUGUGCAUGCCCAGCGCUGGGCCGUGAAGAAGGUGGUCUCUGUCCCACCCGAGCUUGGUCGCCCACCAUUGCCACCCUGAGGCCCCCACCACCACCCGGUUCUCUGGGCCUAGACCUGGGGCCACCCCCAAGUGCCGACUCCGCUUUCUUGGCGCCCUGGGCGCUGCCCAUUCUCCCUGCCCAGCCUCGCCCUGCUGGGACCUUCCUUUGCUGGGGUGGGCGUGGGGCCAUGGUGCCACCUCUGCCCUCUCUCAGGCUCAUUACAACUUUUG